AUGUCCUUGACAACAUAUGUCAAGGUCAUUGAAAUCGGGGACCUGAAAAGGCGACACUCGUGGAGCAGCGAAAUCGAUUAUCAACUGGCGAGAACGGAAACUGCAAACAUCUCGGGAGAAGACCCCGCUUCCCCAACUUCCUCAAAAGAUAACAGAAUUUCCUAUAAGAAAUUACUUUUCACUUAUACUAGCAAAUCAUUGCUUGCGUUGUGCUACAUUGCAUCCUAUUUUAUUAUUGCCGCUAGACAAGUGUACUCUCUGACGAUCAUAAAAGAUCUGAGAGCUAUGGCCUUUUCGGCUUUUAAUGUUACUGCGCUGCACGGUUGCAAUUGCAAAGACUGCAUAUUUCGACGGGACCUGAAAAGGCGACACUCGUGGAGCAGCGAAAUCGAUUAUCAACUGGCGAGAACGGAAACUGCAAACAUCUCGGGAGAAGACCCCGCUUCCCCAACUUCCUCAAAAGAUAACAGAAUUUCCUAUAAGGAAUAUGGCCGUUCGUUGCAGACGGUGGACCUGGUGGCGGAUUGUCCAUUGCAAAUUGUGACAGGUGGCUCGAUAUUACCGUCAUCCUCGAAAUCGUCUACGCUCUUGCCGUCUUCGACGUUUGCCGCGUCGACGACGAGCAUGGGGCAACGACCGAGCACUCUGUUGCGCCCCAAGAUCUCGCUUACCUGGGUCUUACGUGGCCAACAGCAAUCUGAGCCCGAUGGCGCCUAUCCGAUCACUAAUGGCAACGGAAAUGCGCACAGUGAUCGAGAUCUCUUAUCUCGCGGCGACAAAGAAAGAUCCUCGGGAAGAAGCGUCAAAUGCUUCAAGGAAAAGGAUGUUACUGACAAGGAGAAUAUCGACAACAAGAAAAGCGUUGAGAAACGCGAAAAGAAAAUUCUGCACAGAAUUGAAAAGACUUUCGGCAAAGAAUCGAUUGGCGAGAGACGAUUGGAUACUACAUUGGAAAAGCACUUUAAUAAGAAAUUUGUUGAUAUGAAAGAUAUAAAGGAGAAGGAGAAAGUGAAGAGAGCCAUAUCUGAGCCUUCUCUAGUAUCUCACGAGUCGAUAUCAAUAUCCAGUGGACGAGAGAAGCACCGGCAUAGACGAACCAAACGUUCGUACAAGCCUAGAUUACCCAGUAGAUUUGGUUACGAGAUCGCUGAUCUGGAUGCGUUCUUAACUAAGGCAUCUAUAGAGAAACCAGCGAAUGUUCCAGUCGUUCUAUCUUUUCCAUCAGUAUUAUAUCAGACUCAGGGCGGUAUUCAAGAUGAAAUGGCUCUUCCUCUGGGGACAGUCGUAAAUGCCAUUUUUAAGAACCAAGCCUGGUUAUAUGUUCAAACACCUCACGGCCAGGAAGGCUAUGUUGAUUACGCCGCCUGUUUGCCUCUGGGAAUCUUACCGCAUCCUACACAAGGACCUUGCUGGGAGGAUUCUACCGACAUCUUUCCCCGACCUCUCGGAAAUAUGACAGAUACAGAGAAGUUACGAGACACCAGAUCGGAAUGCGGGGCAAGCCGUGGGCGUCAGAGCAGUAGGGUCAGACGAUGUACGAGAGACGCAGUGUCGGCGUGCGGUGAGCGUAGUGUUGAUCGGUUGUAUCUGAGGGCGGCAGCAAACGCACGUACCAAGGGAUCCCGGCACACACUACUAGUGAUCAGAAGCGAUUAUGAGGCAGGAUCCGCGAAUGCUCUGACCGUCUCCAAGGGCGAUGUAGUCGCUUUGUUGAGUGACCACAUAAGUGACUGGUUUUGGGUACGUUCUAGGGAUGAUAGAGAGGGAUUCAUCCCUGCUGUUGUCGCUGGUCACGGCUUUCUUUGAUUUUUUUUUUGUCAAAUGAGAUUUAUUUAACAAUGACGGACAGUCUUUGUUCAUGAAAUUCACAAAAGAAUUGUGUGCGUGUGCGUGCGUGCGUGUGCGUGUGUGUGUGCGCGCGCGCACGUAUACAAAUAUCGUAUUCUCGAAAUAGUAUGUAUAUUCUUGCAAUAAUACCACAAUUACCAAAUUAUUAUCUAUUAAUAAAUCAUUCCACAUAAUAUAAUAUAAAGAAUUUUAGUCCUUUUUAGAAUAUAAUUGUAAUUUCGUAUAAUAAAUAAAUUUUUAAUAUCUU